CGCCCUACAUGGGCGCCCGGCCCGGCCCCUCGGGGCCUUUCGAGCGGGGGCUCGGGAGCAACGGCGGGUGCGGCCACCCAGGAGCCGCGGAGGCUGCAGGGGUGGGCCCCCGGGGCUUUGAUGGCUGCUUCAAGGCCGGGCCCCGGCGGGCGCUGCCCAUGCCCAUGCCGCUGCCCGCCCCGCCGCCGCCGCCCCCGCAGCUCACCGCGUCCACCUCGGCUUCUCCUAGCCCACCCUAUGGUGACUUCGGGCACCCUUCCAACAUUGCCCCAGAGUGCGGGAUGGGACCUGAAUAUCUGGAGAGAGAGCCCUCUAAGGUGUAUCCUGGUUAUGGCAGCAUGUACCACUAUCGCCCAUUCCCGCUGGGCCUCGUCAACCAGCCCAACUACCGUGGCUCCCCUGCUGCCCCAGGGAUCCCCGUCCAGAGGGGCUUCCGCCAUGUCCCCAGCAACCAUGGAGCGGGGACCUCUUCUUCUUUGCUAAUGCAGGAUAACAGUGGAGACUUCAGACAAGGCUACUACCAACCUCUUCCUCAGUUCAUCCCUCCAGGCUUUCUGCCGGGGAUCCACUACAUCCCCCCUCCUCUCCCACUGAACGUUCUGAAUGAUACCAAAGAAUCGACUGCCACCCUGACUGAUGUCUCAGACUCGGGGGUGAUGUGUGAGCAUAGCCAGCCAUCUCCCCAGGAUCCAACCAACUGAGUGCCCGGACGGGUCCUCAAGGCACACCCAGCAUUCAGGGAGAGAGAGAGUUGGCACUGCCCCCUGGCUGCACCACCAGGGGGCAAAGAGACAGGUGCCACCAAAGAGUGUUGACGGUCACUAGUUAAAUGUUAUAUUAGAAGUCUUUUUGACUCAGAUGUUUAACCUGGGAAAAAUGGGGCCCAGGGAUAGUCAGGCUGGGGAUGGAGAAGAGAGAGGAGAGGUGUGUUCCCAUGUGGGAAGGGAAAGGUGGUCUGACCCGGCUUGGGACUUCACUGGGCCAAGAAUGAAUUUAGUGUUUCCCCAGCACGAGAGAGAAGGGAUGGGCUGGCCCCUGAGCUUCCCCAAAGAUUAAUUUACCUUUUCACUUGGCCCACUUUCCCCUAUUAGGAUUUUGGAAGGGACCAGCUUGGCCAGUCUCAAUCUCCCAGGGAUGGAGGCUGUUCUUCCCACUCAAAUCACAGGCCAAAGACAAGAAUUGGGGGCGGGGGGAGGGAUGAAACAUCAUUUGUGGAAACUAUCUAAGUGUAAGAGAGAGGGUCCUGACUCGCUCCCCUUCCUUUCCUGCCCCCACCCAACCUCAGGACAAGACAGGGGGACCCAUCCACUUUGCAGCCUUUGCUGGGUCACCAGGCAGAGGUGCCCCCAGCCUCACUGGGGAGCCAGUUGAGUCAGAGAUGAAAAUGCUUCUUGUUUAAAAUCCGUCAUAAGGCACUAUUUCUUCAGUUAAGAAACUUAAUUCUGUUCCAUGUUGAGCUAUUUGCUGUUUAUAAAGUGAUUGCUAGGUGAGGAAGUUUGUUCCAGGGCACUGGUGUUGACCUCAACAAACAACACGAAGCUGUAUUCCAGCUUGUAACCUCAGCCGUCCUCCUGCUCUGCUGUGGAUGGACAGUUUACUGUUUGAAUA